AUGAAUAUUCAGGCGAUUAUUUGUAGUUUUAUAUUGGCUAUUGGACUUGUUUUACUUUGCGUUUCAACGAAUACGUGAGUUUUUUUGGGCUAGAAAUUUGCAUUAUCUAAUUUUUGAAAUGGCGGAAACGCCAGGCACACAAAAUAUAGCGAUUGGCGAAUCUGGUGAUUUGUCGGCGAGUUGUUUUCUUCAAAUGUUUCUUUUUUUCGAAAAGCGUUGUGUACGGUAGCCGGGCGUGGUAUGUAAAACGUAAUAAUCAAAGGAUGAUUAGAAAGUGUACCCGCUUCAUGCAGGAGCUCUCAAUUUUCCUUGAAUUUUUGAAAAGGCGGAAACGCCUUGCAGACUUUGAAUUUCACCAGUUUCCGCCUCUCAUCAAAUACACAUACACAUAAAACAUAGCAGCUGGCAUAUCUAGUGAAUUGUCUACUAGUCGAUGUGUUCAUAUAAUUGUCAUUCCCUGUGAAAGUGCACACACAAGCGUUGUACUGAGUAUUUAUUAGGCUGAUUGGAAAGUGUACCCGCUUGAUUAUGUCAUGCAGGAGCUUUCGAUCUUCCUGAAAUUUUUGGAAAGGCGAAAACGCCUUGGAAAAAAUCAGAAUUUCGAAAUCUCUCAAUUUCAUUUUCAGCGCCGACGAUGAUUCUGAUUUCACCAAACAAACCUAUCAAAUUCUCCUAAUCAUCGGAAUUGUUCUAACUGUUAUUGGCACUUUAUCAUAUGCUUAUACAAUUUAUGAAGUGAUUAUGAGAGCUCAUAAUAAAUUCAAAAAUAAGAAAAUGCGAAAAUUGGAGCAACAAGUUGUUCGAAGAAGAACUGCCACGUUGGCAGCGAUGGAAAAGGGAACUAAAUGA